CGGGGCCGCCGGCGCGGGCCGUGGCACCCGGCAUGUCUGCGGGGCUGACCGUGAGGAGGUACUGGUGCUGCAUGCUCAAACUGGGAGCCUUCUACCAGCAGCUUCUGGCCGAGAAGGCGGCUUCCAGGCAGGAGAACCCCACGCUGCCCUCCAGUCCGCAGGCUGGGACCCCAGAGAAGGAGCCCCCGAAACGCCACUUGCCCGAUGUUCUGGAGUUAAAAUCUUCUCGAGAUAUUGCCCCGUCCACUUCCCUGUGCCUGCCAUCGGGAGCGCUCACACCAGCCAGCGGUGACCCGGGCAGCUCCGCACCCAGGGCUGCCCACAGCGCCCCCGGGCAGCCAACCGAGACGUCCCCGGGACCCUGUGCCACCUGCACCAGCAUCCAGGGCAGCCUCUACGAGGUCGGCAAAGCCAUCACCAGCAUCUGCCAGAGCCAGAACAUCCCCUCGGCCCUCAGCAGGUUCCAGGGGGUGCUGAGGAACACGGCAGGGAGCAGGACCCUCUCUGCCACGGACGUGAGCUACUGGGCCUCGGAGCAGAGCAAGGACCUGGCCCGGAUCAGCAAACACCUCCAGGUGCUGCUGCAGCGGGUCCAGCCAUUGCGGGCUGAGCUGCAGGAGUCGGGUAAGCAGAAGGAGAAGCUGCAGAGACAGGUUGAGGACCUGUCCCGGCUGCUGCAGGUAGAGAGGGACACCCACAUGCAGCAGCGGAAGGAGGCUCAGGAGAGCCUGGAAGCAAAGAACAAAAUGCACUUAGAGGCUGUACUGAGGCUGGAGCGGGCCAAGGACGACCUACAGAGAGGAGCUGCUCUGCUGGAGGAACAGGUCUCCACCUUGAAGGAGGAGCUGGCUGGGAAGCAGGCGGCUAUGCAGGAGCUGGAAACCGCCAAGGCCACCUUGCUGCAGGAGAUGAGGACCACAAUGGUGGCCAGGAGCCGGGUAUUGGAGCUAGAGGAGAAGGUGCAGCUGCUCACCAACCAGCAGGAGAGCCUGCGCCAGGAGCUCAGCACCACUACCACGCAGCUGGACAAGGAGAAGGCCAAAGUGGAGAGCAUGGAGAGGCACCAGGAGGAAGUGCUGAUCCCAGCUCCAGGCUGGCAGAUAAAGCUGGGCCAGGGCAUGGACAGGGCUUGCUUUGCCCGCAUGGGCACCGGGAGCUGGACCGAGGACAUGAGGAGGCAGCUCCAGGCCAACAGCAUCCGGAUCAGGCGGCUGGAGCAGGAGAACGCGCGGCUUGGCGCUGCGCUGGACAGGGUGAAGGCAGCUGCUCAGGAGGGAGUGCUGAAGCUCAUCCCACAGAGCCAGCUCUGGCCCCAGCUCAGCCAGUGCAGCGGGGACACUGCCAGGCAGGACAAGGG